AUGUCGCUCCCAGGGUUAGAGUUGACACAGCCCUCGGAGGAGAGGCAACUCGCCGUAGCGCCGCCGUCGCAAAUUGCCCUGAACCCGGGCUCGGAGUGGAGAUUCGAAGUCGCAUUUGGGCAUCUUGUUAAAGUGAAGCUUCUCAGCGGCACAGCAGAGCUCUUCGGAACGGAGCUCGCACAGUUGCAGACUUACACCUUCCACGGGACGAAAGGCGCAAUCUACACAUGGCACGGCUGUGAGCUGGAAGUCAGCGCCGGAGAGACGGUUGCGACGACGACUGAUGGUGUCACCCCGACGGCCGGACACGGAGCUGGCGGCUGCCAGAGUGAAUACACCGCCGAAGAGACUCCCAUGGUGGAAUAUUCCAACGUUCACUUUGCGCUGGAGACUAUGCGAGAAGAAGCCCAGUCAGUGGGUAAGGAUGGGCCCCGAGUUUUGUUGCUGGGCCCUGAGAACGCCGGCAAAACCAGCCUGGCCAAGAUCUUGACUGCCUAUGCUACAAAGGUCGGCCGCCAACCGCUGGUGGUCAACCUAGACCCGACUGAGGGUAUGCUGAGUGUCCCCGGAACCUUGACUGCAGCUGCCUUCCGGACUAUGCUGGACAUUGAGGAAGGUUGGGGCAGCAGUCCUAUGUCCGGGCCCAGCCCUGUGCCAGUGAAACUCCCGCUGGUUUAUAGCUACCCAAUGCCUAAUCCGCUCGACGCUGAAGGCGCAAUUUACAGGCCUAUUGUGUCUCGACUGGCACUUUCAGUAACAGGCCGCAUGGCUGAAGAUGAAGACGCACGAGAGGCAGGAAUCAUCGUCGAUACCCCGGGAAUCCUGAGUAGCGGCAAACCAGGCAGUCUUGAGCUGAUCAACCACAUCGUGACUGAGUUUGCGAUCACUACGAUUCUGGUCAUUGGAUCUGAGCGACUCUACAGCGCCAUGGUCAAGCAGUAUGAUGACCAGCCUAGCUCUAGCGCCACGGCAGCCGUCUUCGACGAGCGCAUUUCCGUCGUGAAGCUGUCCAAGUCAGGCGGCUGUGUUGAUCGCGAUGUCGCUUUCCACAAAGCAACGCGAGAGUCGCAAAUCCGGUCUUACUUCUUCGGCAACCCAAUUGCGACUACCGGCACAUCAGCGCUUUCCCUCUCCUCAUCUUCCGCCGUUACUCUCUCCCCUCAUGCCCAGCAACUCGAUUUCGCCGCUCUCCCGAUCUACAGUUAUACCGUAGUAUCGGCAGACGACGAAGAUGAAGACGAGUACGACCCAUCUCAACUCGACUCUUUCCUCCCAGGCGGUGGCUCAGAAGACUACACGCCCCACGAACCAGACAACGGCACAUAUCUCCCCAGCAUGGGCGACACAAACCAAACACCACAGAGCAACGUCCCCUUGAAGAAAAUUCUCCCGCCCGCCCCGUCAACCCUCGCCAAUACCCUUCUCGCAAUUACCAAUGCUCCCACAACAGCAUCCCCCUCCGAAGUCCGCGACGCUAGCAUCAUGGGCUUCCUUUACGUUGCCGACGUCGACGCUGACAAGGGCAAGAUCCGUGUGCUCGCACCAGUUGGUGGACGCGUCCCGCCACGCGCGAUCAUCUGGUCUAAGCGCUUGCCUGGUGAAGUUGUCGGACUUGUUGGAUAG